AGGGUGACCAGGGCGCCGGGCCGGGCGCGGGUCCCGGAGAAGGAGAAGGACAGCAAGUUGACGGUGCAGCGGUGGAAGCCGCGGUGGCAGCCCUGAACGCUGGACUGCCUGGCGGCCUGCAACUGGAGCCGCCGCCACCGCCCUACAAGUUCCAGUACUUCCAGCCAGAGCUGGAGGAGCAGCGCUCCCGCGAACCCGAGCCCGUGUUCUUCAACAGCAUCGCCGUGUCGCCGGCCGUGCUGCACUCCAAGACGUCGCUGACCAGGAUCAAGCCCACCACGCCCUGCCACGGCAAGGCGCUUAAGAUCUACGAGGAGGAGAAGGGGAUUUGGAAGCAGCAGGAGGCCGCGAGGCAAGCCGUCGAGGAGGAGGCCAUCAAGUACAUGGGCCUGCAGGAGGACGAGUGGAACGACAUCGCGAUCAGUGCGGCCCAGCGCAAGAGGGACGCCCGACCCGCAGACGCCGAGAUAUCGGGGGUGGGCUGGCCCUUCGACGAGUUCCAGUCCGAGAACUCGGACAUUCCUCUGCUGUCGCCCAUCGACGUCAACCUGCAGGCCCUGGCCGACGUGAAGCUCAACCCCCUCGUCUUCGACGGCCACUUCACGGCCGAGGCCCUGACCAAGAUAGCCAACACGGGUGAAACCGUGGAGGUGCGCCUGAUCAACCCCGAGCUGACCCCCACGCUGUACGGCGGCCCGCUGCACGACGAGUACAUCUUCGACUCGAUGCACUUCCACUGGAGCUCGGGCUCCUCGCCCGACUGCCUGGGCAGCGUGCACAAGGUGGGCGGCCAGCGGUUCUGCAUGGAGGUGCACAUGCUGCACUACCGCGCCAUCCACGGCAACAAGAGCGAGGCCCUCAAGCACCAGGGCGGGCUGUGCGCCGUCGCCUUCAUGCUGCACCUGACGAACAUCGAGAACCCCUUCCUCGCGCGGCUGGCGCGCGACCUGGCCAAGAUCGAGGUCCCCUUCUCGUGCACGCCGCUCGAGCACAACGCCAUGCUGUGCUGCGCCGAGGCGGCCGCGCCCUUCGGCUACGUCACGUACCCCGGCACGCUGGUGGGCCGCGAGGACAACCUGAACGUGGUGUGGAUCGUGUACCCGUCGCCCAUCGGCAUCUGCUGCACGAACACCGCGCCGUUCCAGAAGCUGCGCGCCGGGGUGGAGGACAUGCCCAGCGGCCUGCUCACGACGCACGAGCUCGCCGACAGGCCCGUCCUGCGCGCGGUGCCCUAG